GGUAGAAGGAGAUAGCGGCAGCGGCGGAAGUGGAGGCUGGUGGCUGAGCCUCUUCGAGCAAGAGGAGAGGUUAUCACGCGAGCCCCCUCACUGUGAUUGAUCCUCGUAAACAGGUGCAUUUCGAUUGAACGUUGAUUAGUCGGCAUUAUUAGGAAGUUACGCGCGUCGAAUGUGAAUAACGUACGCUACAAUGAUAGCGAUUAUUUCAUCGAGUAGAUAGUACCGAUUGUGGUUAUUCGCUAAAAAUAACUGACUAUCUUAAGUGUGUUUAGUUUGUCCUUUUAAAAUAAUGAGUGUUCACAACAACGCUGAGGGUGCGGACGACUGGGCAGAGUUUUGUGACAGGCACGCCCGAGCUGCGGCAUCCGAUUUUGCGAAAGCUUUUUGCACCUACGUUAAUCUGAACCUCCCAGAAAGCGCGAGGGCCACGUUAUCGCAUCGCGAUUUUUUACGAAAGUUUGUCGACACAUUCUGUGAACACUUUGAGACAGAAUUUUUGCGCCGUAGUACAAGGUCGCCGUCUUUUUACGACACAAGGCAGGCUUCUGUGAAUGACGGCGACGCCAACGCUUCUAAUAAUCAAAACAACAGACCGCCGGUCCGAGCAUCGUCGCACGAAGAGUUUAGCGAUUACUCUGAACAGGAUGGCGAAGCCGUUUCCCCGAAACCCGUGCACAAACCCUUCUUUCGGAGACUCUCUUUUAAGGGUCUUAAAAAGGGGAAGGGAUUCUUUCACAAGCAGCAAAGCGACGAAGUAGAGUUAUCGCACAGUGAGCACCGCCGUGACAAGCAUUCUAAGGCUAAGCUCUCCAAGAUAGUCGUUGAAUGCAGGAAAGAGGGAAUCGUCAAUUGUCUCAUGGGGGAAAACAUUGAUGGUACCCAAAAGUGGGAAAAAUGUCGAUUGGCCCUGGUGAAAGCUAUAGGCGGUUACAUGUUGGAAUUCUACUCUCCCCCUAAGGCGGUAAAGCCACGGAGUGGAGUAUUUUGUUUCAGGAUUACAGAAGCAAGGGAAACAACUGCUCUAGAAAUGCCUGAUCACGAGAAUACUUUUGUUCUUAAGGCUGAACAAAACUUGGAAUUUGUUAUAGAAGCUCAUGAUUCAAAUGACAUGCGUUCAUGGCUGGCGACCAUAAAAUAUUGCAUGAGAUCUGCUCAAACUACUUCUAGUGCUGCUGGCUCUGGACUCAGCGAUUCUACCCGAGAUGCCAUUGCUCAUAGUUCCAAUACUGAAGGAGAAAGGGCUAGGGCCAAUUCAGCUAGUAAAAAUAUCAGAAACUCUCAGGAUCAGCACACCUCUGAUGAUCAAGGAAAUCCACCUGAACUACCACCUCGACUCAGACUUAGUAGCAAUAGCAAUUUGGAUCUACUGUGCCCUUCACAACAGGAAAUGGAAGAAUCUGGUAAUGAUGGAGACUUAGACUUGUCGAGCAGCUUAAGAGAAUAUCGGUGGUUCCAUGGGACCUUGCCAAGAUCAGAUGCAGCUCAGCUUGUUCUACAUAGUGCAGCUAAUGGCCACGGGGUUUUCCUAGUCCGACAAAGUGAGACGCGAAAAGGGGAAUUUGUUUUGACCUUUAAUUUCCAAGGAAGAGCCAAGCACCUGCGAAUGACAUUAAACGACCAAGGGCAAUGUCGAGUCCAGCAUCUCUGGUUCCCAGCAAUCCAUGAUAUGUUGGAACAUUUUCGUCAAAAUCCAAUUCCUUUGGAAUCUGGAGGUACAGCGGAUGUGACCUUAACUGAGUAUGUGGUAGCUAAUCCGACAAGCCGCCCUGCACAUUUCACCACAGCUGGGGCUGGCAGUCAACAGUCCCAGGAACGAAGGCCAGCAACAGCCCCAGAGCCCAGAGAAGUGCAGACUCAUGGCGGACCAAUUAGAGCUCGUGCAGAGUCCCUGGAACGUCUAGAACAACAGAACAUUGUUGAUCAACAGCUGCAACUGUCAGGCUCAGCAUCCUCAGGUGGCAGAGCAGUGCAAAAUACCUAUAGUUUUCUCUGACGCUGGCUCCGAAACACCAUUUUAUAUGACUAUCAUCCAGUUAGUCCAUCUGAUUGAUCAUAUCCUCUCACAUUUAUUGUAAAUAAAAUGAAACUCUGUACACACAGCGCAGUUAGUAAUUUAGAAUGCGCUAGAAGUUUGCAAUUACUUGUAAGCCAAAAAAGCGGAAUUUGUACAUUUUGUUGGAUAGCAGAGCUUUCUUCCUCAUUUUUACAGUGAUUUUUACGUGUUUAUUCGUUGAUGCGAGUGAGUUAACAUUAUAAUCAAUGUUUUUUUCAAGAAUCGACGAUUCUUUCCGGGAUUAUUAGAUAAUGGAUAAAUUCUCUGUCUUCACGUAUACGAAAUAUUGCCAUUCUGCAUACCAAAACUCAAAUUAUUCAGGUGAAGGCUUUAUCCGUAGGUAUACCUAUACAAUACCUAAGAUACUUCCUUUAAUCCAGACUCUCAAUAUACCUCAAAUUGCUUUAUCAAAUCAUAAAGAUCGCAAACCGUUCAUCGUUCGAAUAAAACGUCUGUUUUCGAUUGUCUGUGUCGACGUCUGUGCAUCAAACAAAUUCGAUUCUACGUAGUUUCCAUGAGUUUCAAAUAUCUACGUUCCAUAUAAUACAAUACGCGAGUGUUUGACACAUCAAACCAAACAUUUGAGGUUUUCUAUGAAUAUUUUUGCUUUUGUUCAUCAUUUGUCAGCAAUGAUUCACAUGUUCUUCUGUGAGAAACGAUUCCUCAAGAGCAGUACAAUUUUCUACAAAUUAUAUUUUUGAAUCGCAUUUUCUGCCAUCUCCCAAUUGGUACCCGAAACUUUCACAGAUUAUGUUGUGUCAAAUUUAACUUUGCAGACAUACUCGAAAUCCAUUUAUCUGCUUCGUUUAGCUUCGAUAUGGAAAUAACUAUUAGAUAAUACGGGUUAAUUGGGUCGCGAUAAUGCCGUUAGUUAAUUAAUCUAUUCCAAACAUAGCUUCAUUUUAAAAUAUUUGGAUAAGAAGCGUCCUCCAAGUCAAUGAAAAGAUUAUCAGUCGCAAUUUUCAUGAGCAUUAUAAAUUGAAUGAACAUUAUUUAUUAUCGGAUCUAUCUAAUCAGUAUAUCAAUUUAAAUGUGUUUUUCAUCUGUAACAAAAUCGAUCGCUACAAAUCAAUUCUAAUAAAUUAUUCUGAAGGGGUGUUUUCACCAUUUUAUGGUAUCUAUUGAUAAUUGAUAAGCUAAUAAUAAUCGAACAAUAAUCACGCCAACAAUUCAUGACAUUACUAAUUGGCUAAAUAUAUUUUAGUGAUCAUGUUAUGUCUCAUUAUCAGGAACGAGAAUCAAAUAUUCGUGUUGUAUUACACAUACCGUCGAUGGGUGAAACAUAACAGACAAGAAUGAGACAGCUUCUCCUUAAUAUCUAACGAUAGUUUCUGUAUUGUGAUUUGCUUAAUUUAUUCUAUAUAUUUUGAUCACAUACUGUUACUGUACACAUUAUCAUACACUCGAACAUGCGUAUCAGAAAAUGUCUCCAAUGCUUGAUCAAGAAUGUACAUUUACCCAAUUGUGAGCAAUCCUCUCAGAGGCAACUUAUACAUGCUGAUUAGUUAUUUAAAUCUAAGUGCUUAAUGUACUGGUCCUCAAGAUGUUGCUUGCAUCGUGACAGUCGUAUCGGAGUUCAUGUUAUUAUACCGAAUUUUUGUAUAUAUAUUUGUAGAUUUAUAAAUAGUGUGCAGUUUUGAUGUAUGUAUCUUAGCCUUUCUAAUUACAACUUAAAACUCUUUUUAAUAUGAUUGUAAAUAUAAGGGCAGACACCAUCAUUCAACAGUUCAUCAUGCGAUUCAUUAGCCUGUACAUUAUACAUCUCAUAUCUUGCGUAAUAAGAAGAAUAUAUAUGUAAUGAUGUGCACUAGCAGUUUUUGAAAAGGUGAUUAUUAUAGUUUGCAAAAAUAAGUCAUUCCAACUGUAUGCACAAGCUCAUCACAAAUAAUGGAACGGAAAUACAGAACAGCAUAUUUUGACCGAA